AUGCCUUUCGUGCAGCGUGUGGUGGAACCGAAGUUUUUGUCGCGGACUAGUUUACGUGAUGAAGAUGGGAGACCUAGGGUCACCGACGAGGAGCUGCAGGCGGUCACUAACUGUACCCUGAGCAACGCGUUGAGGCAGCUGGCGUCCCUCGUGCUACUUGCCGAGGAUAUCUUCAGCGAGCUGACAGCUCAGCUUCAGGGGAUAACGGAGCGGUCGAAGGUCGCGCAAGCGAAGAUUGAAGUCAUCAACGGGGUCGUCGAAAAAUAUGAUCCCAAGAAAUCGGAGUACGUAAGCACCAAAGUGUAUCCAAUGUUUCCGCGGUACACGAUGCUGAAAGACAUGAUAAAGGACAUCAUGCACGACCCCGACUACAUGGAGGUUUGCCACGAGGUCGACCCAUAG